AAUGCAUAUGCCCAUCCCAAGAGGAAUUUACAGUUCAUUUAUUUGAACCCCACACGAGACACCAACCUGGGGAGACGCAAUGGUGCAUAACAUUUCCAUGAACUGUUCUGUCAAAGUGUUUCCUUUAUAUGUUAUGCUAUCUGUUCCAUUCAAUUUUAUUUUUUUUUAACAAAAGCUAAGCUGAUUCUCUUGCAAUAUUUUAUGUAUAUUGUGUGCUUUAACAUCCACAGCAAAACAAAAAGACAAUAGAAAUACCCUUCUUGGGAGGGUGCACCUACCUUGACUGCUCUUCUUCCUGCAAUUUCUCUUGGUGAUUCAAACUGGGGUCUCAUCAGCUUAAACUUAAAGCCCUGUGGGCUGUGCAUUCUACUCUCUUCAACCGCUACUGGCUUGAACAAUAAUAAAUGCAUUUAUUAGUACUUACAUGAAUUCCCAACCAACAUCACCAUUUGGUCAACAUACCAUUGUCUCCAAGAAAAAAAAAAAGGCUAAAGAAAAAGAAGAGAACAAGAAAAGAAAAGAAAAGAAAAGAAGAGUCUCGUCUUGACCCCAUCUUCCCGUCUUCCCUAUGCUUUCCAUGUAAGCCCCAUUUGGUUUUCUCUUUUCCGCCACAAACUUGUAUCUUCAAAAUAUCAACUGCACAGGAACUCUCCCAGCUCUGUGCUUGCUUGCUUAACUGGCCUUCCCUAAACUCUCUCGCCCUCCAAAAACCCAUUAAUUUUUCGGUGCUUACAAGCUUCUAAUUAUUGUUAAGGUAAAUCCUUCCCAAAAAAAUCCAAUACAAAUACGUCCUCAGGGUUUUUUUUUUGCGCUGGUUUUUCCUUUGAAUCUUCUUGUGUGAAUUGAAUAGUUUGUUUUACAACUUUCUUAUUGCAAGAUCAUGACUUCAUAUUCGCAGCAAGCUGCUCUAAAUUGUUCUCAAUAGAAUAAAAGAAAGAAAAACUAUGUUACAAGUUCAAGUUCAGAAGUUCUAAGAAAUUUAUUUUUUGCUGUUGGUCUUGAUUGAUUGAUUGAUUAUGGGGUCUUUAGGCAACCCAAAAAUCUGGGUGCCAUACAUGAACCCCAAAGACUGUUCUCAAGGCUUCUGCAGCUUUUACUGUCCACAAUGGUGCUACAUCACCAUCCCUCCUCCUCCCCCUCCUCCAUUCGCUUUUCCCGACGACAAUUCGAGCGGAAGCAUCUCCCCUGUUGUUAUUGCGAUCAUUGGCAUCUUGGUAAGUGCUGCUCUUCUCAUGAGUUACUACACAAUAAUCUCUAAAUAUUGUGGAAACAGAAACACUACAAGCUCAGCUCCAAGAGAAAAUCAUGAACAAAAUGAGUCAAUGGAAGAUCACAACCCAUCUCACCAGGAGCCCUGGCAUGUCGCCAAUGCCGGACUGGACGAGGCUCUUAUCAAGUCCAUUACAGUCUGUAAGUACAAGAAGGGUGAUGGCCUGGUUGAAGGAACAGAUUGCUCUGUCUGUCUCAGUGAGUUCCUGGAAGAUGAAAGCUUGAGGCUUUUACCCAAGUGCAGCCAUGCUUUCCAUGUCUUCUGCAUUGACACAUGGCUCAAGUCCCACUCAAACUGUCCCCUGUGUCGAGCCAGCAUAGUUUCUAGCAAUCCUUCAUCCUCUCUGGUGGUCGAAACCCGUCCGAGCGACGAGUCAUUACCGGAGAGACAGGAUGCGAAUGAGAAUGUAACCACUGCAGAAGGUGCUGAAAGGGGUGUGGGAGAAGUGGAAGUCGUGCGCUGUGAGGUUUUUCCAAAAACCCCAUUGAGAAUUUUCAGCGAUUUGGGGAGUCUGGAACAGGGAGAUACCAUAAUCGAGAUGAGGGAGAGGGAUCGGCGCGUAAGAAGAUCAGUCUCAAUGGAUUAUUUGCAUCAAACCCAUGUUUCAGUUGCUGAUAUUCUGCAGAUUAGUGAAGAUGAGGAGGCUCAAAUGGAGGAAUGCCGUUCCCCAGGAGAUGUUGGAUCAUCAAAAAGUUCAGUGGAAGGAUUAAGCAAGAGUAUGCAUAGAUGCAGGGUGUUGGAUUGUGUAAUGAGUCCUGUUGCCAUGAAGAGAUCAUUUUCAAGUGGGCGAUUGUCGCUUGCAAGGAAUGGAAGAGGGAAGAAUGUUGUUAGUCCUGUUUGAAUUAUUUUGAAUUUUCAGUAACACACGAGAACGAGUUUUAUACUUUGAUCAAGAACAAUCCAAAGGGAGAGGCCUUGGUGUGAAGACUUGCAGUGAUUCAUCAGAAUUCUUCAAUAGUUUUCUGUGAGUUUUGGGAAAAUUCUGUUCUUACAUUCAAAUGAUAAGUAGUUUCUCAAUGUUUAGAAAACAUACUUUUUUCAAUUUUCUUUUCUCUACCCUUAUGGAUUCGUAAGUUGGUAGAGAGAGGUACGGCUUCCCUAUGUUAGUAGAUCAAUAGAGGGAGCUUCAAAAAUUAUCUUGUGCUGCAAUCCUUAAUUCCUUAUUUUGUACUAUUGUUUAUCAUUUGCAAUGCCAAAUUUGCCGACACUAUGUUUUUAGUGUCAUUUGUGUUA